AGAUUGUACAAAAUUGUGUUAAUUGAACGCUUCGAAUGAAUGCUACUAUUAAGUUUAAAGUGGAAUUAUCGACUUUAUCUAAUCUGAAUAUUUCAAACAUGUUAACCAAAGUACUUCCGUCAGAAAAAAAUUGUUAUUCAACUACGUGCUUUUUAUGUCAAGAGUGUUGGGUGGAUCCUGGUCGUUUGACUGGCCUCAUAUUAAUAUUCACAGCACUAUUAUUCACAGUCAUCAUUAUACUCAAAAAAUCAUUUCAGUAUUCAUCACCAAGGAACGCCCUUUUAAUUUUUUUAACGCAAAUCUUUUGGAUAAUCGGAGCAGCAUUACUGAACAUACCUGGUGAUUGGAUCGAUCGCGUAAUUGCUUUCAAUGUGACAUCCAUAUUUACGUUUCUCGGUAUUUUAUUGGGUGUUAAACUGAAAGAUUCUAGACGAAAAUGGAGGAUACUGUUAUUUAGCUUUUGUUGCUUAUUUGUGGCAGCUGCAAUCGCCUUCUUUGUGCGAGCCCUAAUUUGUGAUUGUUUACAUAAAAGAACAUACACAUUCCUGUCUUUGAUUUGUUGGGGUUGUGGAACUUUAAUUGUGAUUUCACUGACCACAUAUUAUUUCGUCACAUACGGUGAAUCAGAAGGAUACUCCUUAUUUUAUAUGAUUUUGGUUUCGUCGUUCGAGUUUAUGAUACUGCUGAUGAUUUCACAAUUACAUGUCAAUUAUUACUUCUAUUGUUUUAACAAAGUUUCUAAAACUUAUUGUUACCAAUUUCAAUUGUCAACGUCUCUUUGUUCUUCAUAAAAUAUUUGAAAUAAUGUGAACUUUUACUUCA